GUUCAUACGGAUGAACUUCUGUCUCACCUGACGCACGCUGCGGAUACGCUCUGUAAGAUUAUCGAAAAAUGAAGAGAAAUCACGACUUUAGCUCCUCAGACAGUGAGCUCGAUGAGAACAUCGAAGUGGAGAAGGAGAGUGCUGACGAAAAUGCCGGUGUGAAUUCUCCAAUUGGUUCAAUGUCUCCAUCCACAACCUCUCAAGUGCAAGCGAGAAAACGUCGCAGAGGGAUCAUUGAGAAGCGCCGAAGGGACCGGAUAAAUAACAGUCUGUCUGAGCUGCGCAGGCUGGUGCCCAGCGCGUUUGAGAAACAAGGCUCUGCCAAACUAGAAAAAGCAGAAAUUUUACAGAUGACCGUUGAUCAUUUAAAGAUGCUUCAUGCAGCUGGGGGAAAAGGUUACUUUGAUGCUCACGUGCUGGCCAUGGAUUACCGUGGCCUGGGUUUCCGCGAAUGUCUGGCGGAGAUGGUGCGUUACCUCAGCAUCAUCGAGGGCCUGGACAACACCGACCCCCUCCGCAUCCGCCUGGUUUCACACCUGAACGGUUAUGCCUCCCAGAGAGAAGCUCACUCUGGUUUGGGCCACUUGGCGUGGGGCUCUGCGUUCGGGACGCCACCUGGACACCUGGCUCACCACCUCCUCCUGCAGCAGCCGCGCAGCACCAGCAGCCCUCCAUCCUCCAGUUCUUCAUCGCCCUCCUCCUCAUCUCCAUCUGCCCCCUCCACAGAGCCACACGCCCCCAGCAGGCUGACUGGCACGGUGAUUACUGAGGCAGGGCAGACAGGACCGCUGCAGGUGCCGCCCAGUUCCUCCCUGCCCCCUGGGCUCACACCCCCUACUACAUCCAAGCUUUCUCCACCCCUCCUGACGUCACUUUCGAGCCUGUCUGCGUUUCCCUUCCCACUGAGCGCAUUUCCCCUGCUGUCUCCGAGUUCGCUGGGCCCCGCGACUCCCUCCAGCAGCCUGGGGAAGCCCUACAGGCCUUGGAGCAUGGAAAUAGGGGCCUUCUGAACUUGAAAACAUGAACGCUGUGGACAGACAGUCAGUUAGAAAUGACUUUUUCUGUAACUUCUGACUAUUUUGAAGAGAUGGACAGAACCGCAGGCUUGUACAAAGGGAACAAGCGAAUACAGAUCUGAUGUACUUAUUCCAGUUACCCUGUCUUUUAAAGCUGUCCUGUCUCAGGUUGAGCAGAGAUGAGUUCUAGGAGAGGGUCAGGUUCUCGCACAUCAGUUCUGAGCAAGUCUAGUUCUUUUGUCCCUCAGUGGAGAAAGGUAAACUAAUAGAGAGAGAGAGAGAAAAUGGAGCAAAAGCAGAUGAGAUGCAUCACUGAAUGGGUGUUAAUGGAGUUAAGCUCAAACCAGAUGUCCAUUUAAAGGGACAGUUCCCCCAAAAAUUAAAAUUCUGUCAUCAUUUACU